AUGGACACAUUUUAUAAUGAUAUUUCAAUUAUAAACGAAUUUGAAAAAAUGGGUAGGUCAAAAAUAGUAAAGCUAGCAAAAAGCAAAAAAUCCCAGUCCAUGGAAAAGGUAUUGGUGUUGUCGGAAACACUGAAAGUUAUGCAGAAUUGGGUCAUCUACGAUCCAAGAUAUCUGCAUUCAAGAGUUUUUAAAACAGCAAUAAGACGGCUAAGUAGCAAACCUGAACAGACACUGAUAGGAAAAAUAAUAUCGUCAAUGUCAUUUCAGGCAUUACUUGAGAGACUGCCGGAUUUUUCUAGUAGAAGGACUAGAAAACAAAUUGAAGAGGGAAAGUAUUGCGACGACGAUGACGAUUUAAAAACGAAUUGGUCAUCGCGAUGGAGCAAUCAAUGGAAACUGACUGUGGACUGA